UGACAUUCAUUUGUAUCCAUAUAUCUGAUCAUUUCAAUCACAGCUCAGAGUUUGUUCAUUGUUCAGUUUUCUAACACCAUAACAUUUUCCUUCAAAACCUUCAAAAUAUGUAUUUAUUUUAAUGGUCAAGAAAUGAUAAGUAUUUUUUUAUUUAAUAUUUGAAAUAUAUUUAUAUGACUCAUGUUGUUCAAACCCUCUAUGCUUUCUAGGUAGAAGGUAACGUUACAGAUCUUUUUAAAAGUGCUGUUGUGGGUUUUCUGAUCAUAGUUGGAUUAAGACCCUCUUCUCAAGGUUCAAAAAGACACAGAAGCGUUAAAAAUAUAAUAAAAAACUUCAAUAAUGCAAACAAAUCGCUUCAUUUUUGUCAGCCGUCUACAAGAACUCAACCGCAUCAGAAUCCAGUCCGGCUUUUCGCGAUGACUCAGUCGACCGGACUGGAGUCUGGAUCGGGGAUUGUGGUUGUGAUUGGAGGAGUGUGUUGGGAAACAAACAGGCAGCGUCGCGUCGACCGCAGGCCUCAGCGUUGAUUUUAUAUCGCACAAGCGGUCGAGCAGAUGCGUGACUGACGGACUGUGGUUUCAUAACGCGCGUCUAGCGGCGCAAGAGACGAUAUGAGGAGCGGAUCGUCGUCAAAGACGUACGAUGUCUGUCAAAUCCUGCGGCAUUUGCACGCGCUGUUCCCGGGAUGCUAAAUUAAGGCGAUGGAACGACAUUCAACACGACAGUCUUGAGAGACUGAAACAUCCGCGAUUUCUCUCCCACGCGUGUUUCUGCAGACCCGCGGCCUGUGGAGCCUCAUAACGGACUUUUGUGUGCCGACAGCUGAGCGACUGCCGCGCACCUAAUGGUAAAAUCUGACUACGUUUCGCUUACCGUGGAUUUAAUCGAAUGAUCGAGAAUAAACCGUCUCCUUUGAGUCCGGUCACGCCGUCAUUUCUGUACCGAAGGUGAGCGCGCAUGCAAAUGAGUGUGUCAUGCAUCCCCCAGCCAAACAGCUGAUGCCCACCUAGACGUCUCUGAACAGACCCCCUCUGGCAGCAGAGGAUGCUGGGAAUGUGCCGUGGCCGCAGGAAGUUCCUGGCUGCCUCUGUCGCGCUGCUCUUUAUUCCGGCCCUCACCUGGAUCUAUCUGUCAUCUGAAAACUUCACCGUGAAACCUCUGUCACUGCUGGAGCUUCAGUCAUCGGCACUGAGCGGAGCGGCCGGAGAACAUCAGGCUCUGGAUCUUAGGUCGCGAGACACUGAGGACCGUAAACAUGACCAGCGGAGAGAAAUUAGCCCGACGCCUCAUGUCUCAACCCACAGCAGCCAUCAUAGCAACGGUCGUCAUGGCAACCGGUUACAUACUCAUUCCACGGAAGAGGGUACAGGUGAUAGUGAGGCGAAAAAGAGAAACGUCGCCAGCAACAGCUCAGACUGUGUGCGUCAGCCUGUGGUGAACAAAUGUGAGACCAUUCACAUCGCCAUUGUGUGUGCUGGCUACAACGCGAGCAGAGAUGUGGUCACCCUGGUCAAGUCAGUCCUGUUUCACAGACGAAACCCACUUCACUUCCACAUCAUCACGGACUCCAUCGCUCACAAGAUCCUGUCUGAUCUCUUUCACACCUGGAUGGUCCCGGCAAUCCACGUCAACUUCUACGAUGCAGAUGAGCUCAAGUCUGAGGUGUCCUGGAUCCCUAACAAACAUUACUCUGGUAUCCACGGUUUGAUGAAACUGGUGCUGACCAAGACUUUGCCCUCGGAUCUGCAGAAGGUCAUCGUACUGGACACAGACAUCACGUUUGCCACCGAUAUCGCGGAGCUGUGGGUCGUCUUCCACAAGUUUAAAGGUCAGCAGGUUCUGGGUUUGGUGGAGAAUCAGAGCGACUGGUAUCUGGGGAACCUGUGGAAGAACCAUCGGCCGUGGCCUGCACUGGGGCGGGGCUUUAACACUGGUGUGAUUCUGUUGUUGUUGGAUCGUUUGAGGAAACUGAAGUGGGAGCAGAUGUGGAGACUGACGGCGGAGCGAGAGCUCAUGAGCAUGUUGUCAACAUCACUCGCUGAUCAGGACAUCUUCAACGCUGUCAUCAAACAGAAUCCCUUCCUGGUCCACCAGCUGCCGUGCUUCUGGAACGUUCAGCUGUCAGAUCACACGCGCUCUGAAAAGUGCUACAAAGACGUGUCUGAUCUCAAGGUGAUUCACUGGAACUCGCCGAAGAAACUGCACGUCAAGAACAAACACGUGGAGUUCUUCCGAAACCUCUACCUGACCUUCCUGGAGUAUGACGGGAAUCUCUUGAGGAGGGAACUCUUCGGCUGUCCCAGCGAAACCGACCACAACUCUGAAAACAGAAUGACGGUCUCCUCGAUAUCUCCUCAGCUUCAGAAGACUCUGUCUGAGCUGGAUGAAGAUGACCCGUGUUAUGAGUUUCGUCGGGAGCGCUUCACCGUCCACCGCACGCACGUUUAUUUCCUGCAUUAUGAGUAUGAACCCAGCGCAGACAACACUGACGUCACGCUGGUGGCCCAGCUCUCCAUGGACAGACUGCAGAUGCUGGAGGCCAUCUGCAAACACUGGGAAGGUCCCAUCAGUCUGGCUCUUUACCUGUCAGACGCUGAAGCUCAACAGUUUCUGCGUUACGCUCAGGGUUCAGAGGUCCUGAUGAGCAGAAGUAAUGUUGGAUACCACAUCGUCUAUAAAGAAGGACAGUUUUACCCCGUUAACCUGCUGAGGAACGUUGCGAUGGGACAGGUGAACACUCCCUACAUGUUCCUGUCCGAUAUUGACUUUCUGCCCAUGUACGGACUGUACGAGUACCUCAGGAAAUCGGUCGUGCAGCUCGACAUGGCGAACAAUAAGAAGGCUCUGGUGGUCCCUGCGUUCGAAACGCUUCGGUACAGACUGUCCUACCCCAAAUCUAAAGCCGAGCUCCUGACACAGCUUGACAUGGGCACCCUAUUUACGUUCAGAUACCACGUGUGGACAAAAGGUCACGCUCCGACAGACUUCGCCAAAUGGCGGACGGCCACGACGGCGUAUCGCGUGCAAUGGGAGCCUGAUUUCGAGCCGUAUGUGAUGGUCCGACGAGAAAGUCCCGAGUACGACCGACGAUUUGUUGGGUUCGGCUGGAAUAAAGUGGCUCACAUAAUGGAGCUGGACGCUCAGGAAUAUGAGUUUGUGGUUCUGCCCAACGCCUACAUGAUCCACAUGCCCCACGCGCCCAGUUUUGACAUCACCAAGUUUCGCUCGAACAAACAGUAUCGCGUGUGUCUGAAGACGCUGAAGGAGGAGUUUCAGCAGAACAUGUCCCGGCGCUACGGUUUCGCAGCGCUCAAGUACAUGACAGUGGACAACAACAGCUAGCCGAGAUAAUCCUGGAGUAACUCCGUCCCGAUGACAGCCGUGAGCGCCGGCCGGGCAGCGACGGAGACUGAUGUGAGGUGGCACGGGUCCCGAUCCAUCCGUUCAUUCGGGGAUCUGAGAAAUACACUACUGGCUACCGAGCUGACGAUAACGGACGCUGUCUUGAAAUAAAAACUUUUGUCAAAUGAAAAGAACGACAUUUAUUCACGUCCGAAGGAAGCCUUGAAUCUGUCUGCUGUGUGUCUGUGGAUUAAAGGUUCGGUUCUCAUGUAAAGAGACAGCGAUAGGAUGAAUGUUGUUGUGUGUUGUACAGUAGCUGAAUUAUGUUUAAUAAACAGGGAACUUUACUCACUGAAAUGGCAAUAAAACGUGAAGAGGGGCCAAAGCAAACACUUCACAAGCGUUUCAGACGGUUGUUCAGAGGAUGUUAUCACAGAGACAUGUCAGAAUCAAUUCACAUUGAGAACUAAAGGGUGUAAAUGUGCUCACAACAUCUUUAUCUGUUAAGUCAGAAGUAGAUUUACAGUCCACACCAGACGGGUGUUUGCUUCCAUCUGAAUGAUCGUCUCUAAAGUCUUCACUCUCAGACCUGAAAAAGACAUUCAGCGUAUUUGAGACGUUCAUGUUUGUAAAUCUGACUGCUUUGAAAGUCUGUAUUUUCUGCUGAAUUACAAGUUAGGUUGUGGUUCUCAAUAAAUCCCUCGUCGGCCAUGGUUUGACAAAAUAAUAGUCCCCCAAAACCUGUGGUAUUGGUUUAGUCAGAAGUUUAGAUCAAACAAUCACAUCUAACAGCCUCCUUGUGAUCGUCUCUGCAUAUUCAGCCCGGAUACAAGAAAACAUCCACAAUUAAGAUGUUUAUACACAAUUGUAGUUUAGAAAAUCAACUUUGUUGCACUUUUUAACAGACGUACGUGUUUUUACUUUUAUUAUAGAGAGUUUUGGUGAAUGAUAUUGUGUGGUAUGAACUCUUUCUUUUUUUUUGUAUAUUUUUUGGUUGGUCAUUCGAGACUCAAACCAACGACGUCUGAGAAUCAUUUGCUGCGAUUGUUUCUUCUCUUCGAGAUUAUAAUUCUGUAUUAAAAUUGUCAUUUCAAUACCGUUCUGUACAUUCUGAGAUUUCGACAGAACUCUUCUUGUAGAUUAUUACCUCGAAUAUCCUACACGUUUCGGAGUUAAAACAAUAAGCUGCUUGUGUACCUGGAAGUGCUUUCACGGAGAACAGUGUUUCCCAAAUGGCUUCACUUCAGGACGCAUAUUUUAUGUUUUACGGAACAUUGCUUUUGUUUUUGAGGAUUUUCUCAUUGGUCUGGUUUUAUUAAGUCUGCUUCUGUUAUUAGAACUUGUGACCCGGCGGUUCAGACCCACUGGUGUCAAGGAUGUUUUAGGCUGUGUAUAAAGAGAUGAAAUAAAGCUAUGAUAACUCCAUACUGGAGUCACAAUGAAAAAAGAU